CCUAACACCAAAACCAACAAAGUGUUCGCAAUGAGUCCAAAUUAGUACGCUUUCAAAUCACAGGAACACACAACCCACACCGAACGUACAUCUAGUCCUCCCUCUUCAUUAUUUAUCUUCCUCUUUCUCAUUUACACCCAGCAAAUCUCUCUCUCUCUCUCUCUCUCUCUCUCUUCUUCUUCUCUUGUUCCCCUAGCUUAUCCAUUUUUCUCCGCAGCCUCAUUUCGAUCUUGUGCUUCUUCUCCCAUAUAUCUUCUUCUUCUUCUUUAGGGGUCAAUCAUCACAGCCAUGGUUUCUGCAGAUGCUGCUCGGACUGUGGUCGGUAUCAUAGGAAACCUCAUUGCAUUCUUCCUGUUCUUGUCACCAGUUCCAACUUUUGUUCAAAUAUGGAAGAAAGGGUCAGUGGAGCAAUACUCACCAGUCCCAUACCUUGCGACCCUGAUCAACUGCAUGGUGUGGACCUUAUAUGGGUUACCGAUUGUGCACCCCGAUAGCACUCUGGUCUGGACCAUAAACGGGUUGGGUACGAUCAUUGAGGUCGUCUACAUAAUCCUCUUCCUCAUUUUUUCCGACAAGAAAAAGAGGCUCAUAGUGGUUCUGGUUGUUGCUGUGGAGAUCAUUUUCAUCGGUGUUCUUACUCUUCUGGUUCUCACUUUGGCUCACACACAUACCAAGAGGUCCUUGAUUGUAGGCAUCAUAUCCAUUGCCUUCAACAUCAUGAUGUAUGCUGCUCCAAUGACUGUCAUGAAAAUGGUGAUCACAACAAAAAGUGUGGAGUACAUGCCCUUUUUCCUCUCGUUUACUUCGUUUGCGAAUGGCCUUGCUUGGACUGCAUAUGCUCUCAUCCGUUUUGACCCCUUCAUCACAAUUCCUAAUGGACUGGGCACCUUUUUUGGAUUAGCUCAGCUGAUUCUGUAUGCCACGUACUACAAGUCGACACAGCGACUGAUAGCAGAAAGGAAAGGCAGGGAGGUGAACUUGUCGGAGGUAACCAUAGACGAUAACGCCAAAAAGAUUGCCGGCCGCACUACUCAGUAUGGAGACGCAUAACUUGACGAACUCCAGCGUCCAAUGCAGUGGACAUGCCGAGAAAACAAUGGAAGUUAUAAGUUAAGAGUCUUUUCUUUUUACCUUUUUUAUUUUCUCCCUUGCAUGCCUCAGCCGGAGGACAAUGAAUGCAUGCGCAUCGCAUUUGGUUUUUGUGUUGUGGAUCAUAUCUUGGCAUAAGCGAUACACAUCUAUAGUAUACGUGUAUUAUUGUUAUC